AUGAAGAUUGGAGGCAAGUCGGCAUACGUCCACCAACAUCCGGGUGGGAAGCAGAUCAUUCUCAAACACGCAGGAUAUGACGCUACAGAAGCUUUCGAGCCCUUCCACUCAACAGACACUAUCAAAAAACAUCUGAAACAAGAGCAAAUUCUUGGAAAGGUGACUGGCCCAGAGCUCACCCGCAAGAGCACUCCACCACCAGCCGAUUUGAAAAAAUUAAAAUCCAAUAAAGGUAGUCUUCGAAGUAUCAUCAACAUUUCCGACUUUGGGGUGGCUGCCUCGCAAACCUUGACGCCCAGGGCCUUUGCGUUUUUCAAGGCUGGUGCCGAUGCCGAAAUUACCUCAAAUUGGAACCAAAAAGCAUGGCAAGCUAUCAGGUUCCGGCCUCGGGUCUUGGAGCCAAUAAACAAGGUAGAUAUGUCUACCACGAUUUUCAACGCACCUUUCACCGCGCCUUUCUUCAUCGCUCCAGCAGGUGGUGGAAAGCUCGCACAUCGAAGCGGAGAGGUUCUAAUGGCCAAGGCAGCCUCCAAACAUGGUAUCCUUCAAUGGGUUUGCAAUAACGCGGGAUGCAGCCAGCAAGAGAUGGCAGAUGCCCGUGGCCCAAAUCAGGUACUUUUCUGGCAAAUAUACGCCAUGACAGAUCUGGCCGUGACGGAGAAGGAAAUAAAGCAGGCCGUUGCAUCUGGAUACCGGGGGUUUUGUUUGACUGUCGAUGCGAUUCACGUGGGUAAACGGGAGCGAGAUAUGCGCUUGCACAUUGCGGAGGCAGAACAGGAACCGGAGGAACACGAUGAUGACGAAGCUGGAUUGACUGGUGGGGUUUCAAUAUCACGCCCAGCAGUGUAUUCCGGAUUCAACUGGGUUGCCGCAGUGAACUGGCUUAAAUCUAUUACUGAUCUGCCCAUAGCAAUCAAAGGAGUCCAAUGCUGGGAGGAUGCUGCGCUGUGCAUGCACCAUGGCGUCCACCCUUGGUUGUCCAACCACGGCGGUCGCCAGUUGGAAGGUGCGCCGUCAGCUGUGGAGACGCUCGUCGAAAUUCGCCAACAUUGCGCUGAAGUUUUUAAUAAAUGCGAGGUCAUCGUUGAUGGCGGCGUAACUCGGGGAAGUGACAUUGUGAAGGCAUUGGCACUAGGUGCCAGAGGCGUGGGACUUGGUCGCGGGUUUCUUUUCGCCUUGGUAUUUGGUGAACCCGGAGUUUCCAGAGCAAUCAGGAUCUUGAAGCAGGAAGUUGAGACUGCAAUGGCUCUUUUGGGUGUUUCAUCCAUUAGCCAGCUCAAACCUUCUCAUGUUGAUGUUUCUGGUCUGGCAUAUGCCGCUGCGGUUACUCGAGCACAUUUGUAA